AUGUCAACAGCGCACAGACCUACUUGGUACACUGCGAUUGGUCGCGCUCCAGACGCACACAGCGGGACCGCAGCGGUUUCCAGCAAGGAUUUACCAUCGCAUAAGGAGCUUAAAAGGAGAGCUCCGAUAUCUAUAGAGACCUCUGAGGGGACAAAAGUACAAAAGGCCAACGAGCAGAAGCGUAUACUCCGAGAAAAGUUGGAAUCAACAGAAGCUGCACAUAAGACUAAAGCCUUAAUUGAAGAAAAGGUCGGAGUUACCAAAAACUUUUUGUCACUAGAAGAUGCUACAAAGCUCUUGAAUCAGGACAUUAACGCAUUUCCAGAAGAUGAGGACGACUAUGUGGAUGAGGCUGCAGUUGAUGAUGAAGAUGACGAAGAAGCCAUUCUUUUGCGGGAAUUGGAAAAGAUUAAAAAGGAGAAGGAAGAGAUACGUCUAAAGGAACAACAAGAACAAUUACAGUCACAGGAACAUCGUGAAAAAAUCUUGAGUCAAAAUCCACUUUUAAAUAUAACGUCGCAAGCUAGUCGCUGGGACGAGGAUGUCGUCUUCAAGAACCCACGGAGGGAAGUAAAGGAGAAACCAGAGUUUGUUUUACUCAUCUAUAUUCAUGAUCUCUACAGAUUUAUCAACGAUGUGGUUCGCAGCGAAUUUCACAAGAGAUUUUUGCACAAGUAUGUACUUUAA